GACCUGGAUCAGGAAAAAUCUGGAUGGAUGGAGUGCAGUGUAAAGGACCAGAGUCUACACUGAAGGACUGUGGAUCAAAAGGAUGGGGUAAACAUUAUAGCUACUGUGCUGAUCAUAGUAGAGAUGCUGGAGUCAGAUGUUCAGAAACCAUAAACUAUGGACGAUUUACAAGACUUGCUGAUGGACCUCACCUGUGCUCUGGGAGGUUAGAGGUGCUUUAUGGGAACACAUGGUACACAGUGUGUGCCGCUGCCUUUGACCAGCAGGAUGCAGAGGUUGUGUGUAGAGAGCUGGACUGUGGGGCUCCUGUACAGGUGCUGGGAGCAGCUGCUUUUGGUAAAGGAGGCACUCAGAUGUGGACACAAGAGAUUCAGUGCAGAGGAAAUGAAUUACUCAUUCGAUUAUGUCCAACUUCAAAUGACACAAAGUGCUCUCAAGACAACAAUGUGGGACUGAUAUGUUCUGGUUACACUGAUCUCAGGCUGGUAAACGGUCCUGACAUCUGUUCUGGUCGAGUUGAACGUCAGUACUUCAGUAAAUGGGGCACAGUGUGUGAUGCAUGCUGGGAUAUGAGAGCUGCCAGUGUCCUCUGUAGACAGCUGAAUUGUGGGAUUGCUGUGUCUGUUGUGGGAUCAGACUGGUUUGGAGAGGGAACUGAUGAAAUCUGGACUGAUGUGUUUGAUUGUGACGGGAACGAAAGAAAACUCUCAGAAUGUUCCAUCUCUUCAUGGAGUCGAGCUGAAUGUUCUCAUAGUCGAGAUGUUGGAGUCAUCUGCUCUGGUGAGUCCAUAUUACUGUGAGAUUUACUAAUAUUAUGCUUCUGAGAGACUCAACCAUGUACAAUAUACAAUAUUUGUUUCCAAUACAUGUACAUUUCAGUCUUUUGAUUAAUGCUUGUGUGAUUUAGUUUUUGAAAUUAAUUAUGUAAAAUGUAAUAAUGAUAUAAAGCAUGUUUAUAAUGCAAAAUUU